AUGCCUCCUAAAGGUUCCUUAGUGGUUCCUCACGGUUCCUACGAACCAUCAGGGACCGCUUUCCCCCCUUGCAUUCUAUUCUUUCAUCUUCUUGGUCCGUUCGUUGCCAAUCUUUUUUCGGCUUUGUUUAUUAUUUUAGGAGCUGCGCGACAACGGUCAAAAGCACAAUCGAAUCGAAGUAUGAAAAUGCAUAUUCGUGAACAAAUUAGUGAACAUAGACAAUUGCUUAUUAGUCCGAUAGUUUUACUUCUCCUGUCCAUACCUCGUUUAGUCAUUUCAUUACUACCAGGAUGUGUCAAUGCGUCAGAAAAAUUAUGGUUGUAUCUUGGGGCUUAUUUCAUAUCGUUCGUGCCAUCGAUACUUAUCUUUGUGAUCUUUGUUGUUCCAUCUGAGUUAUAUAUGAAAACAUUCAAGGAAUCUAUUACAAAAUGGCGACGAUAA